UCUCCCACGUGGUCAUUCAGAUAGCAUGUUUACUUUACAUAAAUAUAUCAUCAUUUAUUUACUAACAUUAAUGAAAUUUCUAAUAUGACAAAUUAAAAAAAAUAUCAAUAACUACGCAUAUCAAUUACAUAAUGCAUUCUUCAGGAAUAUUCACGAUUAUACCAAAGAAAAUGGUGCAGCAUGUGAUAAAGUUUCUUAGCGUUGGCAAAAUACCUACUUACCAGGAUGCUAUAAAUACAUUAAAUAACUUACAAUCCAAUGCAGCUUAUCUACGGACAGCUCCGAAACAUGAUGCACAUAAUAAUUCUCUCAAGGAUACAAUAAAAUAUCUAUUAAGAUCAGGAAUCACUCAAGAACAAUUAAAUAACCUGUCAGUAAUUCAUGUAGCAGGAACCAAAGGAAAAGGAUCAACUUGUGCAUUUGUUGAAGCUAUUCUUAGAGAACAUGGAUACAAGACAGGAUUGUAUACUUCUCCUCAUCUGGUAUCAGUUAGAGAGCGCAUAAAAAUAAAUGGCAAAUUAAUAGACGAAGCUUUUUUUACGACUGAAUUUUGGAAAUUAUAUAAUAAUUUAGCAGAAAAAAAGGAGCACGAGAAUGAUAUGCCACCUUAUUUCAAGUUCUUGACUAUAAUGAUGUUCCAUGUCUUUCUAAAAGCCUCUGUUGAUGUAGCGGUUGUUGAAGUUGGGAUUGGUGGUGAAUUUGAUUGUACUAAUGUCGUUCCUUCACCAAUAUGUGUUGGAAUUACUACGUUAGAUAUGGAUCAUACAUCAUUACUUGGAAAUACAAUGGCAGCUAUAGCUUAUCAGAAGUCAGGAAUUUUUAAAACAAAUGUACCAGCAUUUGUGACUCCACAAUUGCCAGAAGCAAUGGAAGUUCUAGAAAAAAGAGCUGAAGAAAAGAAUUGUCCCUUUCAUAUUGUGGCUGAUAUUUCAAAGUAUUCAUUUAAAAGAAAUCCUCCUCUUCUUGGGAUGGCAGCAGACGUUCAAUAUUACAAUGCUUCAUUAGCUAUUGAACUUGUUACUGAAUGGUUGAAAAGUUCAAUGAAGAAAAAUAAAAGUAAUGUUAAUAACAAUAAUUGUUUGAAAAGUACAGAACUUGAUAUUCAUAAAACAGAAAAAGCUUUAUUAAACUGUAAAUGGCCGGGAAGGACUCAAAUAUUGCGAGGAAAAUGUAUAGAUUUCUAUUUGGAUGGUGCACAUACUGUGGAAAGUAUGAAAACAUGUGUAAAUUGGUUUAAAGGGCAUGUAAAAAAUACUGGUAACAAAAAAAUUUUAAUGUUCAAUAUGACUGGUAAUAGAGAUGCUACUGUUCUCUUGAAACUACUUCAACCUCUUGAAUUUGAUCAAGCUUUUUUUGUACCCAAUGUUGCUGGUAUAAGUAACUGUUUGGAUACAGAAUAUCGGUAUACUAAUGAAUCUGAAAUGAUGAAUCGUUGUAUGCAGAAUUGUCAGUUCUGGGGAGAAAAAGGAGUUUGUUUGCCAUCUGUUAGUGAUGCUUUAAAAAAAAUUAACUGUGAUUAUAACUUACAGGAUUGUAGAACUGAUAAUAAAGUUCAGCUGUUAAUAACUGGUUCUUUACAUUUAGUUGGAGCUAUUUUUACCGUAAUAGAUCCAAAUUUAUCGAUGACUACAAAAUAUUGAAGCUAAAAAUAUUCUAUGAAUUUAUAAAAAUUUUUAUAUAU